ACCAUGGAGCGCAACAAGACCCGCUGGAGAGACUCACCGAGCGGACGGGGACAGUGCCAGUUUCUGAUCACUUUGUAAGUCACUUUUCAGCGACAGUGAGCAGAUCUGAGUUCACCAGCGGGUGGACGCCGAGUUGCUGUGAGCGUGCGUAAAUUGACGGGAGAAGUCGAGGAGAGAGGAGAGUCUUGGAGUGAGCCGCAGCUACCAAAGAAACGGGAGGAGAGGAGGAGUGAGGAGCGCCCGAAGGAGAGACGAGUCCACGCUGGAUGGACAUGAUCUUAAUGAUUUUGUUUCCGCACGUUUGAACAUUUCACGUUGUGUUUAUUUUUUUUGGAGGUGGUGGAAAUGUCGCUGGUGCGCGCUGCGUAAAAAAAGCAAACACCCGGACUGCUUGCAUGUCUCAUGCCGUUACUUUUCUCCAAGGGGACUGUUAGCGGAGUUGAGAAUUUCUAAAGAAGGAGCCAGUGGGCCGAAGUGAGAGCCGGUCACCGAACAGUUACGAACCAUGGUGAAGUUCCACAACUCGGACCUCUGGAUAGCCUGGAUGGUCAUUUUCUGCAUGGAGGGUUCAAGGUUUGAUCUACACACAGGGAAAGUGUGUGUGCGGGCACUGGAUGUGACGGUGUCCCAGAGCAGCAUCCAGGUGGCCCGUGGCCAAGCAGCCGUCCUGCCCUGCUCCUUCACCACCAGCGCUGCCCUCAACAACCUCAACAUCAUCUGGAUGGUGAUACCGCUGUCCAAUGCCAACCAGCCAGAACAGGUGAUCAUUUACCAGGGCGGCCAGGUGUUCAGCCUCGCCAACCACCUCAAUGGUCGUGUGGGCUUCGUGGCCACCAUGCCAAGUACAAGUGCCUCCAUCUUCAUCAACAACACCCAGCUGUCCGACACUGGGACCUACCAGUGCCUGGUCAACAACCUCCCAGACAGAGGGGGGCGCAACAUCGGCGUCAUCGGGCUCACCGUGUUGGUGCCCCCCUCGGUGCCAGCAUGUCGAAUCCAGGGCACGCUGGAUGUAGGCAGUGACAUCAUGCUGUUCUGCAGCUCAGAGGAAGGUAUUCCCACACCGUCCUACUCCUGGGAGAAGCUGGACGCGCUGCCCAAGCUGCCGCACAACGCCAUGCAAGACCAGAUGCAGGGCACUGUAACUCUGAGAAACAUCAGCACCAGCACCUCAGGACUCUACCAGUGUACCUCCAGCAAUGCAAUUGGCAAGAGCACCUGCCUGCUCAACCUGCAGGUUGUAGCACCCCAGCCUCAGAGUGUGGGUCUGAUAGCAGGGACCAUUGCGACAGGAAUCCUGGCUGUCAUCAUCUGUUGCCUGUUAGUGGUGGUCACACUCUUCUACUGGAAGAACAAGAACAAGUACGACGAGGAGGAGAUUCCCAACGAGAUCAGAGAGGACGACCUUCCUCCCAAGAGGUCAUCGUCGGUGAAGGCUUUCCAUGCGGACGCCUCAUCUUCAGAGAACGACACGCUGACGUCCACCAACACCUACAACAGCCGCUACUGGCACAACCCCAAACCCAACUAUGACACCAACUCCUACACGCGCUACAAUGGCGACACGCGCCAGACCUUCUCCACCGCGGCCCAUGGCGCACACGGACACGGACAGGCCCAGAACACGGGACAUGGCCACAGUGCGGUGGUCACAGCGCCGGGCACAGCCCCACUGUCCCGCCACACGCAGCCCACGACGGCGACGACGACGACGACAUCGUUCGCCAACGGCAGCCACACGCUCCCGCCACCCAAGACUCUGGUGGUCACCACAAACUCUGCCCCGUCCCCUCCCGCCAUGGUGCGCAGCAACGGCUCUGUGAGCCUCAAACCGGUGGUGACGUCCACACACGGCCAGCACACACACUCCUACGCGGUGAGCCAGGCCACGCUGGAGCGCAUGGGGGCCGUGCCCGUCAUGGUGCCCGCCCAGAGCAGAGCAGGCUCGCUGGUCUGAAUUUUGGAGAGACUUUGAGACUAAAUGAGUGUUUUGGGUGUGAUGUCUGAAAUCCACUGAUGAAAAACAGAAGGAAUAUGGGCUGAAGCAGCCCGCUGCCCUUUACAACUGUGUCUUUCUGUAUGUCUCGACCUCUUUAUCUCAAAACAAACUGGGAUUUCACAGUGCAGAGUUCAUUUGAUGCCAAUUCCUUGAUGGACAGGAAUGGACAAGCACUACACAGAAGCUGAUCAUCCCCUUAUUGGAUGGAUUUCCCAGGCGGGCGUGGUGGGAACUUUUUUUCCAACCAUUUGGGUGAUUUUCACAAUGCUGGAGUGAAACUUCCCGCAGAACCUCGACUCCCAGGUGUUUUUUCAGGGCUGGAUCAUUGUGACGAUUGUGUUUUGUCUUUUUUGGACUCAAAGCAACACAAGGCAUUUUCAUCUCAGUGUGUCCAUACUGCAUGGUCAGAUAGGAGCGAGCUUGGAAUUCCACAUAAAUGCAUGUGCCCCUUGGUUUAGGAUAACAAAUGAUUAAGUCCAUGUUAUUUCCAAUAAUUUCAGUUGUAAUUUUGACUUUGAUGAUGGUGAUGAUGAGGAUUAUGCUUUGAAAAAGUGAAUGUUUAAACGUCUGUUGAGAGUAAUCUAAAGGAUUAAAGCAUACGAAUGGAAUGGUGUUGGGUGAAAAGGCCUUAGAAGCUUGGAGAGAGGGGUUUUAUUGGGUGCAAUACAUCACAUAACAUACUUUACAUCACUGAAUGCAAACCUUUUAAUUACGUUUUUGCACCUUUCAGAGCUAUUUUAUAUCAAAACUGCUGUCUUACUAUGAACGAUAACUCGAAUAACUAAUGAUAUGCUUUACCCAUAGCACAUAAAUCAAAACUCUGCUGCACACACAAAUUACCGCUGAUGUUUGAAGAUAGCACAAGUGAUGGAUUUUCAGAGAAAAACAAAAAACGCACAACACUUUCCACAACAGACAUAGUCCCCCCCCGCCCCGCUACUGAAACUUGAACCUGCAGUUGGGUAUCGUCUUCGCUGUGUUCAUCCCUGCUGUUGUCCCAAUCUGGUUCGUGUCACAUCAGUGCUGCUUUGAGAAAAGAUGAGAGGAUGUCGUAUUUCAUAAAUGCUUUAUAAAGAGACAAAUAUAUAUUUAAAGGUGAUUUUUUUUUUCCCUUGACAAAGGCUAACACCUACUGUUUUCUACUGUACAUAUUGUAACUACUAACAGUAGGCUAGAUUGUGAAUCAAAGAAAAAUACAUUACAUGUCUGACUCAAACAUAUUUUACAACUCGUGUCUUAAUUUUAAAACUGUUCUUAUAUUUUUUUGUUACAUCAGACGACAAGCUGGGUUCGAUAGGCGGUGGUGUUGGUUUCACUGGAGGGACGGGUUUUUUUUAUGCUUUCAUUUUUUUUUUUUUUUUUAUUGAGUUUUUGCCAUUUCAUCACAAAAGGUCUGAGUUACAUACAGUGUGGUUUAACAUUGCUAUAGAUAAUAGACACCUAUGCUGUAUAUGGUAGAAAGUAUCACUGUGUUUCUGACCUACUGUGUUUAUAGUUUAACCAAAUCUCACCAGUGGAAGAAAACAGCCUGUCACAGAACUGUUCCAUAAUUUAGCAAUCCUCAUUCUCUUAUUGUGCAUUACCCUCAGUGCACAAUGCUAAUAAUAUCUUGUAGCUAUGAUGCAAUAUUUGAUACAGCAAUUAUUUGUGUGUUACAUGCAGUAUUGCAAAGUGAGUUUUAUUCUUCAAAGCAAUUUUCUCUUUGCGUGGGAUUGAUGAGCCAUAAUUCAGCGUGCUGUUUUAACUAGGAAAUCUUAACAAUACAGAAAGUGCUCCGACUCUAACAAACACAAUCCCGUGAUUAAGGCCGGUUUGGUCCAGAUGACUCUGCUGACUUAAGAAACACUUGUUUUAAUGUGUGAGACUCAGAUUUAUGUCUUCAUGCCUUUUCUUAGUAGGUGUUAAAAGCAUUCACACACACUUAAUUUAAUUAGAAAAU